AUGGACCUGCCCCGGACGAGUCUUCCUGGCUUCGGUCAGCCCCUCAAGACUAACCUGCCGCUCAUCGACUCCGAAGGUAAACGGCGACGGUUUCCUCAUGCUAUAUGCGACACCUGCAAUGGUGUGGGCAUCUCGCUUCGCGAGCGUCGAAUGUUGGAACUGAUCAAUCAAAUCACCGAUAAGCCCGAGUGGGAUCGGAAGGUCUUCGACGAGGAAAUCGUGAGUAAAUGGAGGAGUGAGGCCUGUGUCUGGCGGGCCGAGCUGCGGGAGGACUAUCUGUCGGCGGCCAUGUUUGACUACUGUGUUCAAGAGUUGCGCGACAAAGCCACGUAUUUCCAGGCGUCUCACAUGGUUUCCGUCUGGGACAGCGACAGAGCCAUUGUCAAAUCCGACACGGUAGUGACCCCGACUCUCGCUAGCUCGCUACGACAGAACGUCCAGGCUCUGGAGGAUGUGCCCGACCAGUGGAAGGAUUGGCAUCCCGGAUCUAAUCAGCAAGUCCUGGAUCUCCUACAUCCCUCGCUCUUCCCCCUAAUUUAUGGCAAAUCCCGCGCGUUGCCACAUGGGACGGUGCCGCUUGAUGAUUGCGCUCGCUUCAGUGGCGAGGGCGCGAUAGUCGACCCCGAAUUAGAUGGCACCCGAGAGACCUUGGGGACUCUCCCAGAAUGGGGGAGCUUUCAGUGGCUCCCCUCCAACAUCUCACUAGAUCAAGGCGGCCAACCCAGAAUCGUCAGCUACAUCAACAAUCUACACCCGAAAGUGCACCGGCCACUUUAUGGGACCCUGGAACGCUUCGUCGCUGCUGCUAUCCCUCUCUGGAACGAGUGUCUCACCUGGUCAGAAUCCCGGUUGAGGAUUGAGGUUCCGGGACUGGGGAAUGAAGCCCUCACAACACCUGAUGGAGUGACCUUUACUCCUGCCGAGGACGACGUGUAUUCGGAUACGGAAAUCCGACCUUAUACAUGGGAGGAAGCCAAGGAAAUCGACUUCAUUCGAGAUGAGAAUUACUGGGAGUGGUGUAGAGCCAAUCGCAUUGUCAUACCAACAGAACCAGGCCCUUUUUGCUCCCGUCAACAAUGGGAGGAGCGAGCGGACCACCGACGCGUCGACUUGCAGAAGCAGUUUGCCGAGUCCGGGCUGCAGGUCAUCUUCAAACUUGCCAACAUCCACCUGACCCCUGAACAACCGCAGUACGAUGGGGGGUCCUGGCAUAUUGAAGGAGCAAUGAACGAGCACAUUGUUGCCACGGCGCUCUAUUACUACGACGAACACAAUAUCACUCCUAGUCAUCUCGCCUUCCGUCAGUCGUUGGAUAACGACGAAAUUUCGAUGAGUGUUGGACAGUACGAAUACGAUGCUAUGGAGCUGUUUCUUGGUAUUGAAAACUAUGGUUCUGCAAUCCAAAAUCUCGGUAGUGUCCUCACCAGGCCAGGCCGUCUCCUUGCCUUCCCCAAUACCCUUCAACACCAAGUUCAGCCAUUCCAACUUGUCGACCCCACGCGGCCUGGCCAUCGAAAGAUCUUAGCCAUGUUUUUGGUGGAUCCGCAUAUUCCGGUCUUGUCGACGGCCAAUGUGCCACCCCAGCGCAAAGAUUGGUGGGCAGAUGAAGUACGCAACGUACCUCCGUUCAACCGCUUGCCCAGGGAGAUUUUCAACAUGAUCAUGCUACAUGUGACGGGCUUCCCUCUCAGCUGGGAGGAUGCAGUGAAGGCCAGGCAGGACCUCAUGGAUGAACGAGGAGCACUAGUCGAGCAAAUCAACGACGAUAUGGAAGAUGACAAAUUCUUCUUCUGCGAGCACUAG